AUGAGAGAAUAUUAUUUUCGUAAAUGGAAACGAGUGCUAGAAGAAUUAGAAAAGCAUGUGUUGGUUGAUCUUGAGUACCAGACUAUUAAGGCACACGAUCGAACUUGCUGUGAAGCAGCGCAACGUUUGGGCGGAAUCCUGGUGAAAUAUAUGGCACUUUAUAACGACAGCUUAGACUGCUUGCACCAGAACCUGCAGAUGCAAAAGACUAGCUAUAUAGAAGAUGUUGUCAAGGCCAUUACUGCCAGAAUUUUGGAACUAAAACGUCAUUUAAGAAAAUUAGAAAGCCAAAACUAUCAAUUCCUUGGCAACGGUUUGAUCCAACACAUGCUAACUUUUGACAAUGCAGAUCUAAAAGAUAUACCCAGUAAAGUAAAGAGAUCCGAACAUAUGCAAGCUAUGAUAGAUGAAGUCCUACUGAGAGCUGCCGAGGAGAAAGAAGCAGCUCUUCAUAAAGGUAUUAAAGAAGAAAAUACACCACCUCCAGAAAAUAUUGUUGAAAAUUGGUGGGAAGUAGAUGAAGAAGAUAACGAUAAAAUAAAAGAAGCCAAUACUUCUAAAGUAAAUGAAAAACUUUCUGAAGAAAGUAUUAAACGCAUUGAAAUGAUUAAACUUAUACAGGCACAUGAGCGGUCUCGUCAAGUUAUACGUUCCAUGACGAAACGAAAACUACAAAGAGAAAUGUGGGAAAAGGAACUGAGAGGUACAUUAAAACCUCAAGCUAAAUUUGAAGUGAAGGAAAGAGCUGCUAGACUUAUUCAAAACAUUUUCAGAGCAUAUUUUAAAAUUAAGAGAAAUCAAAUUAUUCAAUGCAAAGUCGACGAAGCACUUCAUAUAAACCUGUGCAAAAAGUUUGUCUUAGUAGAAAAAGUUAAAAAUGAUAAAAUAAAAGAGCAACGACUUAAUAAGCAAAAAUAUUAUGAGAAAGCUUGGGAAUCUGAUUACGAAGAGCUAAAAACAAUUUACUUAAAAAAAGAAGAAGACAAAAUUAGCGAUGACUACAGAGAGCUAAUUAGAUACUGGUUUUGGAAAUGGUUUGAAGAAGUUAAGUUCUUUUAUGAUAUACCAAAAGAAGAGCAUGGUGGUUCCGCAUUGAUAUUUAAAGACGAAGUUCCAACUCCUUCAGAAUGGAAAUUACAAUAUGAAGCGUACUUAGAAGAAAAGAAAGCUAAUAAAAACAAGACGGCACUUCAGAAAAAGUGGGAAAAAACGGAAGCGAAAAGAGAAGAAAUUGAGAUUAAGAAAGAAGAAUUUAGGAAAAGGAAACAAGAAGAGGCAUUAUUACAGAAAAUGAUGAAAAACCCCAAAGCACAUCCCGGAUUUUACUACCCGGAUUCUAAGACAACUGAAUAUAUUCUAAAGGUAAUUAAAAAUUAUAAAAAAGAUUGGCAAGACCUUGAUUACUGGGAAACAGAAGGAGUCAAAGAGGGAUCUGUGAAAGAUGUAGACAAAAACAAUGCAUAUAUGGACGUUAAAAUGGAAUUACUGAAAACAGUUGAUGAAGAAAUGAGGGAAGAACUAAAAAUUUUAAAGAAAGCUUUGAAAAACGAUUAUAAAAGAAGUGAAGAAAAAAUGCCUGAAACAAUAAAGCUUAAAUUAAAAAGACCUAAACGGAAACGCAAAUUGAAAUCAACGAUAACCGAAAGCGUUCAGAACAAAAUAGAGGACCUCGCUGUAGCUGGAUUUUUAAAAGACCGCACACAAAUAACGUUUCAAGACUUUUUGGGAGAUUUUAACUUUGCAGGAGACGAUCUUCGUUGUAUGAUGCAAACUGCUCUACCUUUUGGUGGUGAACUGAGAUCACUAUGGUGGGAGAGAUGUAAUGAGUUGUACCGUGGAGCGCGACGCAUCCUACUCAUAGGACCACAGGGAAGUGGGAAGACAACGUUGGUACAUAUUUUGGCAUCGGUAAACGAUGCCAUGCUGUUCGAGUUGGAUCCGUCAAAGAUCUCGCAAGAUGUACUAUCGGCUGCAUAUUUGCGGCAAACAGUAAGCUCGGUGGUCACAUGCGCAAAAGCUGUUCAGCCCUCCGUUAUUCACAUCAAGGCUCUUCAUCAAAUUUAUUGUAAAAAGGCCCCACCCAACGAAAACAAAAUUAACCUAGAAUUGUAUAAACGAUUUUUCGUACAAAACUUAAUGAAGAAAAUACGCAAAACUGACAUGAUAACUAUAAUUGGAAGUUGCUACGAUCCUUGGUUGACAAAAUCGGGUCAAUUACUUAAGAAAUUUCCAGAAGUGAUAAUGCUACCUGAAUCUACAUAUUCCACGGUUUCGAUGAUAUUAAAAAAUUGGAUGACUGACAAUCGAAUUGUACCACGCAAUUUGAACUUACAAAGUGUCGCGCAAGUGCUUCAAGGAUACUCGUUUGGAUACCUCAAAGAUGCGCUUAAUAGCUUUUUAACACCGGAAAAUAUACUAAAGAUCGCUGCGUACGGGCUGUCUCCGCGAGAGCUGGUCGACCACGUCACUCGUGACGGAAGCGAGGAAUCAAUUGAUUAUAAAAAAUACCGUCAAUGGUACACUGACUACACUGCCUGGGGAAAGAAAGAAGCAAAAAGAUUGAAGGAUGAUAAAGAAUUUGAACUGGUCGUGGAGAAAUUUGCCAAGAAAAAGAAGAAAUUGAAAAAUGAACACGAAAUGAAAUAA